AUGGAAGUAACUCUCUUGUAUAUUUGGACGUCACUGAUACAUCUCUUUCAGGGAGCAUUCCAGACUCUAUCAGCAACCUCAAAACACUUGAAGGUUUUGAGUUUUUCCGACUGCAAAUUCACAGGGAAGAUUCCGUCUUCAAUUGGAAACCUUUCUCAUCUCAACAUUCUUGACUUUGGUUAUAAUAACCUUGCUGGUGAAAUUCCCACUGCGCUAUUCAAUCUUACAAAGUUAUCAUCCUUAUCACUCGCCUCCAAUCACUUCACAGGCACGCUUCCUCACAACAUCACUUCACUCUCCAACUUGAAUAUCUUUCACGCGGCCUCAAACUCUUUCUUCGGAACAGUCCCUUCUACUUUCUUCAACAUUCCUUGUCUGGAGAGUCUUGAUUUGGGUGAUAACCAAUUCAGUGGCCCUCUUGAGAUUGGGAAUAUAUCUUCAAUGUCUAAGCUACAAAGCUUAGUUCUUUCAAAAAACAAUCUCACAGGACCAAUCCCUACAUCCAUAUCCAAAUUAGUCAACCUUGUGUAUCUUGAUCUUUCCUAUCUCAACACCCGAGCCCCACUUGACGUUGGUAUCUUCUGGCAUCUCAAGUCGCUCCAACAACUUACUCUAUCCCACAUAAAUACCACCAUUGCUAGGAUUGAUUUGAAUGCAGUUUUAUCCUUGCCUCUCAAGUCCUUGUCUAUCUUGGAUCUCUCAGGCAGCCACGUUUCAGUAGAAAACAUGAGGAGUUCAGUUUCCACCCUUUUAUCGCAGUUGAUAUAUUUGUUCUUGUCUGGCUGCGGUAUCACAGUGUUCCCAGAGUUCAUAAGCUCCCUACAAUAUAUCUCUAUGAUAGACCUUUCUAACAACAGCAUUAAAGGUCAAGUGCCCGCAUGGUUAUGGAGACUACCAGAAUUACAUUAUGCUGAACUUUCCUACAACGCAAUCAACGGUUUCAAAGAAUUCCCAAAAGAUGUCUCAAGAACGAUGAUGAGUUCACUAUUUCUGAACAAAAACAACUUGUCUAGAGAGAUCCCCAGAGCAAUAUGUGACAUGACCUCUCUAAGUGUCGUUGAUUUAUCAAACAACAACUUCAGCGGAUCUGUUCCACAAUGCCUCAGCAAUCUCAUCAAGAGGGGUCGCUAA